AUGCCCACAGUGGCCGAGGAAGCGCGCCACCUCGUCUCGGUAGCGGGGCCACGCGCCCUGCCCAAGUCCCUCCCCGCCCAGCCCACGCUCAAGGAGCUCGCCGCCCGCGUCCUCCUCACCUCUCCUCAUCAGCCGCGCUUGCCGGUCGAUCUGGAGCGCUACCUGGACGAGCACGCGCGGUGCUCUGUCUGCGGGCGCUUCGUGUGGGCGGUCUUCGUGGAGGAGCUGCGCUAUCGCGUCAUCCGCUUCCGCCACAUGCCGGUCGUCUAUCGCUGCUGCUCCCUCACCUGUCUGCAACGCAUCGACGACCACCCCACAUGA